AUGGUAAAGUCAUAUUUAAAAUUCGAGGCUUCAAAGACUUUCGGCCUAGUCACUUCCGCCUCAGCAAAUGCGGUUUGGCUGAAAGAUGAGAAGACAGCCGGCCCAGUUCGAAAAUCGGGUUCUGGGCGUGCAGUUGUAGGCGCCGGAGAGAGUGUCCUAUGUUGGGACAUCAAGAAGGGGGAUUUACUUUCAAAAUGGACUGAUCAAAAAUGCCAGGCGCAAGUGACAGCAAUUGCGCAAAGUCAGACCGAUGAAGACCUUUUCGCUGUAGGGUACGAGGACGGCACAAUUAGAAUAUGGGACUCAAAAUUAGCUACGGUGAUGAUUUCUUUCAACGGCCACAAAUCUGCGAUUACCAAACUAGUAUUCGACGCUCAAGGAACACGAGUUGCGAGUGGUUCUAAGGAUACAGAUAUCAUACUCUGGGAUUUGGUGUCUGAAGUAGGGUUAGUGAAAUUGCGAGGUCACACUGACCAGAUUACUUCCCUUCAUUUCCUUACCACAGGUGCUGUGGAUGAUGCGGAAGCUCUUGUGCUUAGCCAGCACAAUGGUUUCUUGUUAAGUACAGGAAAGGAUUCACUGAUCAAAGUCUGGGAUCUCUCUUCUCAACACUGCAUCGAGACACAUAUUGCACAAGGAAACGGAGAAUGCUGGAGUUUAGGCAUUUCGCCUGAUAUGAGCGGUUGCAUCACUGGAGGUAAUGAAGGCGAAUUGAGGGUUUGGUCCAUCGACGCGAACUCAAUAAGGGAGGUUGCAGGAGGGAAAGCCGAAGUGAAUAGCCGCAAGAUACUGACUGAUCGAGGUAACCUUUAUCGCAGUGGGAAAGAGAGGACGUUGGGCAUACAUUUCCACCCACAAUUGGAUUAUGUUGCCCUUCAUGGAUCUGAGAAGUCGACCGAGAUCUGGCGAAUAAAAAGUGACGAGGAAGUACAAAAGAGCCUGGCUAGGAAACGCAAGCGGAAGAGAGAGAAGGCCCGGGAGAAAGCAGGUGAAGGCGGAACGGAAGCAGACGUGGAUAUGGAUGACCCUACCACUGCGGCCUCAAUUACAGAAGUUUUUGUUCCGCAUACAGUUGUUCGGACGGGAGGCAAGGUAUCGUCUGUGGACUGGAUGGGCUUAAAGGGGUUACAGCUACUUGUAGCUACGGCCAACAACCAACUGGAGACCUACGGAAUCUCACCAGCCGAGAAGAAAAAGUCUAAGGACGAGGGUGAGCCUGAUUAUAGCCAUGUUCUUUCCAUAGAUAUCCCCGGCCACAGGACAGAUGUGAGAUCCCUCGCCUUAAGUUCCGAUGACAGAAUGGUUUCGUCGGCAUCGAAUGGAAGCCUGAAAAUAUGGAAUGUACGGACGGAAACUUGUUUACGAACACUGGAUUGUGGCUACGCUCUUUGCUCUGCAUUUUUGCCAGGUGACAAGAUUGUGGUUGUUGGAAAUAAGAAUGGUGAAAUUGAGGUAUUUGAUAUUGCAUCGUCUACCUUGUUGGACACGAUACAAGCACACGAUGGCCCUGUUUGGUCACUUCAAGCCCAUCCCGAUGGUAAAUCAAUGGUUACUGGCAGUGCCGACAAGACAGCGAAAUUCUGGAAUUUCCAGGUAGUGCAAGAGGAGAUCCUGGGAACCAAACGGACCACCCCUAAACUGAAGCUUGUCCACACCAGGACAUUAAAGGUGACUGAUGACAUUCUUAGUCUACGCUUCAGCCCAGAUGCCCGUUUACUAGCUGUUUCUCUUUUGGAUAACACGGUCAAGGUUUUCUUUGUCGACUCCUUGAAACUCUUCCUUAACUUGUACGGUCAUAAACUCCCGGUCUUGAACAUGGAUAUUUCGUAUGAUAGCAAGAUGAUCGUUACUUGCUCAGCUGAUAAGACUGUUCGGCUAUGGGGUCUUGAUUUUGGUGACUGUCACAAGUCUUUCUUUGCUCAUCAGGACAGUGUCAUGGCUGUGGCCUUUAUGCCUCACAACAAGGAAGGUGAUGGGCAUAAUUUUUUCAGUGUGGGCAAAGACCGAGUUAUCAAGUAUUGGGAUGGCGAUAAGUUCGAGCAAAUUCUCAAACUUGGGGGUCACCACGGCGAAAUUUGGGCACUGGCCAUGAGCCAUUGUGGAGAGUUCAUCGUCACUUCCAGCCAUGAUAAGAGCAUACGACUCUGGGAACAGACAGAUGAACAGAUAUUCCUGGAAGAAGAACGAGAAAAGGAAAUGGAAAGUUUGUACGAGGACAACCUGCUCAAGUCCCUGGAUCAAGAUGAGGACGACGAAGACAAGGCUGAGGCAGUCGCAGCCGGUAAGCAGACGACUGAGACUCUCACAGCUGGAGAAAAGAUCAUUGAAGCUUUGGAUCUUGGUAUGGAUGAUCUUGCACUGCUACGAGACGCAAAGGAAAAGAAUCUCCCACCUCCUACACGACACCCGCAAUAUCUUGCUCUUGGAAAUAUAUCAGCCGAGCGAUACCUUCUCAACGUUAUUCGAAAGAUACCCGCUGCCUCGCUACAUGACGCACUUCUCGUUCUUCCCUUCACCAAACUUUCUGCCCUAUUCACCUUUGUGGAUAUAUGGGCUAGAAAAGGAUGGGAUAUACCGCUUACCUGCCGUGUCCUGUUCUUCAUCCUAAAGACGCAUCACACACAGAUCGUCAGCAGCAAGAUGAUGAAGCCCAUGCUUGACUCUAUCCGCUCUCACCUGCGCCGAGUCCUCGACAGGCAAAAAGAUGAAAUGGGCUAUAACCUGGCGGCUCUGCAGUUCAUUGGCGGGCAGGUGAGAGAGAAGAGCAGGUCAGACUACGUCGAUGAAGAGCAGUGGGGACAAGACGAGCAAAAGCAGACUGGUGUGAAGAAGCGGCAGUACGUGUCUGUUGCGUAG